AUGAGGGCAACCCAAGCCACAGAAAAUCUGAAAGUUGUCUCCAGAUCAUUAGGAAGAACUGGUGCGAACAAUGAAGAAAACCAAACACCGAAGAAGCAGAUUCCUUCGACAGAUUUAUAUUCAAAACGUGAUCUGUUUAAAAUGGAAAGAACUGAGAAUAUAAACGUGGACUCUUCAAACAGGAAAUCUAAAAUCUUAAGAAGUUUGGCUUUUCUAGCUGGUUUAAAUGUCGGUGAUUUGGUUGGUGCAGCAUCGUCGGAUGUAAAAACUACAUUUCCACCAUUCACUUUAACCGUCGGUGCUUCCAAAAUUUCACCUCAUAUUGCUGCGACUUAUGAUCCUUACCCUUAUGUGUCGCAACCUUACAUAUUCGUUACUCCCCCGAGACUUCACACGUUAUGGAAUUUGCUGACACAAAAUUCCCAAGUAUUAAAUCUGUUAGAUAACAACAAACAGUCUGACUUGUUAAACAAAGACGACGAGUACGUAGAUGAAGCAAAGAAAAUUGAAAAUGUGAAAACUGUGAGUAGUACCAAAGAAGAGGCAGACAAGAGUGUAGAAUUACAAAGAGAAGACGAUUGGAACGUAACAGAUAAGGUGUUUUCUGGUACUGCAUGCAAUCUACAGAAUGGAAAUAACAUGAAACGGGGUAACUUGUUGAAUGGACAGGGUCUACGAGCUGCAAGUCCAAUAGAACAACUUACUUCUGUAAACGCAACUAAUCAAAAUACAACUCAAAUGCCUGGUACGGCCCCAAAAAACGAAACAAAUAAUUCCUCGUUCUACGGCUACUACGAUGGACAUCCGCAAGAUAUAAAUUACAUCAGUUUCACUACGGAAACAUACGAUCCUAAAUAUCACGAUUACGAACGCAUUAAUUAUAAUCUGCCUUCCUAUGAGAGGCCUGUGAAUUUUUAUUCGGAUGAAAGUCACGACUAUCACCUCGUUCCACCAGACGAUCGUUAUCCGUCAAAUCAAUUUCAUCACGAGCAAAUUCCCGAAUAUCUGGCUAACGAUUUUAAGAAAUUUGUAUACUCACCGGAUAAUACACCAUUUACCAACAGUGAUUUCAGACCUCUAGUAUAG